GCUUGAUCUGUGCUGCAUGUAUUCAAACAGCGUCACUGGCUGCCUUAUUAUGGCUCAGUUUAAAUAUCGAUGCAGCGUGUGCUUUUCCUGCUGAAGGAAACUGCGUGCCGCCUGUUUUCAAAUUGUAGUCAUUUUAUGAGGAAAAUAAAACUAAAUUAAUUACAAAUAAAUCGUUGCUGGUUACCAACAAACCAUUAGUCGACUGCCUGACGAUAAUUUGGGAUUAUAAUGGUCAUCAAGGUUUACAUCGCUUCUUCAAGUGGCUCUGUCGCGGUAAAGAAGCAUCAACAGGCAGUUGUGGGUUUCCUGGAGGCGAAUCGAAUUAACUUCCAGGAAGUGGACAUUACCAUGCUGGAGGAGCAGAGGCUCUGGAUGUACCGCAACAUCCCCAAGGAGAAGAAACCGGAGAAAGGCAAUCCACUGCCUCCACAGAUCUUCAACGAGGCCCGCUACUGUGGUGACUACGAAGAUUUCUUCCAAUCAAAGGAGAACAACACUGUGUUUGCAUUCCUUGGGCUCAGUUCUCCACCCAAUCUGACAGUAAGAUUCAGAGUCCUAGAUCAAGCUGCUGUCCCAUCGCCAGGAUAUCCUUAUAUGUGCAUAACUUCCUGCAUUGCAUCACCUCCCUUCUUGUGACAACUCCAGAGUUUUGCCAAAAACCAGCUCUAGUAGAUGCUGCCUCUCUGAUACCAUUACUGGAUGGGGGUCUGACGCAGCAGCUACAGAGAUUAAAUCACGGAGGACUAACUUUGUGUUUUGUUGCAUUGUUUAUCACGCUGUGCCAGAAAACAAUGCUUGUAGCACAUUUCUCUGCAUACUUGAGAACAAUGUAGUGGCUUCUGCAUCAGCGGCCUUUUAUAUAAUCUAAACGCAAUGGCUGGGAUCAGGUGCAUCAGUGCAGCACAGUUUUUGUUUACAUGCUUGUUUAAAUGAGUGACCAUCUGUGUGCAUACUGGCUGUUGGCGUCUGCAUCAGCCAGCAGCUUCUAUUGAAGGUUGGUUGGGUGAAGGGAAAACCUAAUGUAGCCUAAAACAAAUCAGGGGUUUGCCAGGGUGCCUGACUGUAUUGGUGUUGGGACCAAAUGCUAAGAAUUGUAAAUGUCAGAAUUAACUAAUUUGUAUCCACAUUUAUCAAAUUAAAAAUGUCAUUUUAAUAUUUCAUUUUAUUUGUUUCCUUUGCUUCAAAUCAGUACAUUGGCAUGAUUUGAACUAGGAAUUCAUCGGUCAAUCUCUGCACUCAUUUUGACCUUCCCAUGAUAACUCUGGUACUUUGCCUUUGACUGUUCUGUUCUAUUGUAGCUGCAUUUUGCUACAGAGAGGAGACAAACAAAGGCUGUAUGGAUCAUUUUAAUUCUCGGAUUAGGUGCUCCAGUUAUUUUGACAGCUUGUGUUUUACCUUCUCUCCCCACUGCCAAAUGUUGAAGUAAACACACACGCCAGUGUGGACAGACUGCUAUCUUUGUGCUAUACAUGUCAUUAAGUAUAACUCUAACUUUCAAUGUCUUUCAGUCUUUUAUCGAUGUUUACUCUCAAGAACACUUCCAUAUUUCUCUAAUAAAUUAUGUUUUGAUCGUAACACUGUGCUGACACAAGGCAAGCAUUUUCUCUUCAGUGUAUUGUCAUCAUGAGUGAAUAAAUAUAUUAUUUUCACUAA